AUGAUGCAGCAAUUACGUGAGACAGUACAUUGUCUUGAACUUCAACAUGAAGAAACUAGAAACCGACUCUAUUCCAAGGCGUUUGAAACUGUCACAAUGACAUGUAUCCAUCAUGAUGAGAAUGAUGAUCAUAUUGUUGUGAAUAAUAGUACGGAGAAGGAGGAGAGAUGCCAAUGGAAAAGAAGGUCAGGAGAACUGAUGUUAUCAUCAUCAUUUCAGUAUACAAAGUUAAUUGAAGAAGCAGUUCGAUUAAAAGAUGAAAAUUUCUACUUUCGGCAAGUUUUACAUGAGAAGAAUAAAUUUCAAGAAACAUUGGAGCGAUGGUAUGAUGAUGUUUACAAUGAUGACUCAUUGAUGACACAAGAAGAAAAGAUCAAGCGAAGAGGUGUAGAAGAUCGAGAAGGUAUGACGACGGAUUCGUGGAUACAAGUGACCUAUGACCAAGUACUGUUGUAUAUUCAAGACACACAUGAUCGAGUGACAAUUGCAAAGCAGACUAUAGCACAAGAAGCAGCAGUGAGGAAAUUGGACUCGACAAUUCGAUGUCUUCCACCGUUCUUGGGAUGGCAAGUACAAUACCAUCGAGAAAAUGAUGAAGUGUUGUUCUCGUUUGAAAAACCAUUCUACCAUGUGACGCCAUUGUCUGCCAUGUUGCACACGUGGGACAAUGAACUCAAGAUGCAGAGUUAUUCCAGACCUGUAGACGCAGCAAUGCAGUCGAUGACUCUAUUACAGGUCAUUAACGACGAUACUUAUGUGCUUCGGCGUCAACUGAAAUGUCGAGAUCAGGUUGCCACAAACCAUUAUCUUCGAUACCGUCAAAGGACAAGUGCCGGUUACGUGAUAGGAAGUUGCACAGUUAACCGCAAACCGUCGCAGGAUGUAAGACAGAUUUGGGCCGCAAAUUUAGCGAUGCUGACAGACUUUGACACUGCUUGGUCGGAGCUGAACCAGGAAUACUGUGUCGUGCGUAUAUCGGGCCGAAUGAGCGUUGAAGCCACCGAUGCUGCUGCACAUCAAGCCGCAGUCAACCUUAUCUUUGGAUUGCUUCGCUGGGAAAAUUUUAAUGUUGGACCGGUGUUCACAUUCACAUCGAAUUGA